AAGGAUUUGGAUCCAGAAGUGGUUCAGUGAUGGUAAUGAUAUGUGCCCAAAAACAGGAAUGAAACUAGAGAAUCUAUCACUUACUCAAAAUGCUACCAUGAAGGAUAUGAUAUCAAAAUGGUGCAUGCAGUAUGGAAUCACCAUUCAGGACCCAAGCAUGCAGCCUGAUGUGCUUCACUUGUCCACUUCUAUAGCUGGUCUUGGCAGUUAUAUAAAUGAUUUGCGCUUUCCAUUAGACAUCAGCAAUAUAUCACUUAGAUCUUUAGAUUCUAGUUAUACUUCAGAUGGAUCAUGUGACAAGAACGGAGACGGCUUAGGUUUGGCAUCAGAGCAGAAUAGUGAUUAUUUUUGCGGAUAUCAAUAUUCCAACAAUGCAAGUAAGAUGGAUUUGGAGUCUCUAUCCGGCCUUGCAGAGCUUGAUUGGGAAUCACAAUAUAAGAUUGUUGAAGAUUUGAAAAAUCAUUUGGAAUCUAACGAUCUAGCUUGUUUUUUUCUUUCAUCCGAGAAUUUCAUUGAGCCUCUAAUUAAAUUUUUGAGCAGUAGUCAUGAUUUACAUGAUAUAAGAGCAUCGAAAGCUGGAUUUCAGUUGUUAUCGACAUAUCUUAACCAAUACAGGAGUGGCAUAAGAUACCUAAAUGAAGAUGUGUAUAAUCUGUUGUCAAUUUUCCGCGACUCUGAAGUAACUAAAGAGGUUCUUGAUAUAAUGGAAGUAUUAUCUUGCCAAAGCAGUUGUAGAUCUAAGAUUGCUGCAUCUGCUGCCAUCGUUUCCAUUAUAAAUAUUCUCGACUCGAAGAUUACAGUUCACAGAGAACAAGCCAUUAAAAUUUUGCGCAAUCUGUCCUCGAGCACCGAUGUUUGUUCCAAUUUGGUGCGUUUGGAAUGCAUCCCAAAUUUUGUACAGUUCUUCCAAGACACCACCCUCGCUAGGCACUGUAUGGUGGUGUUGAGAAAUUUGUGUCGAAAUGAAGAGGCUAGGGCUUCUAUUGCUCAAACUUCUGGAUGCUUUGGUUUUUUCAUCAUACUACUUGAGACGAGCAGUCAUGAGGAUCAAGAGCAUGUGUUGGAUAUCCUCCUCUCGUUGUGCUCUCAAUGUGCCGAGUAUUGUCGCUUAGUAAUGGAUGAGAGUGAUAUAUUUGCUGCCCUUUUUUAUGUAUCCGUUAAUGGGAGUGAAAAGGGGAAAGCAAGUGCAUUGGAAUUGCUACGACUCCUUCGAGUUACCAACUACGACGACAAGAAACAAGAAUGCCUUCAAUCCGACCAUGUCAUACCCGAAGAUGCUAACGACUAUGCCAAAAACAAGAAGUCUCACAAAACAUUGUUUGGAGUGAAACUUCCAACAUUCUCAAAAUCCAUUGCGACAAAAAAAGAAGAAAUGAAACCUUCUUUAUUCGCUCUUGACUGACAUUGGGGUCGACAAAUAUUCUGCCCGGUAAAAUUCUUUCCCUUUGACUGGUAGGGGUUUGAUUACUCGGACGUGGUGACGAUAUCAUCAUACGGUAACUAAUUGUUGUUGGUUAAUGGAUUUGUCUGAGUCCAACGUUGAGUUCCAUGAUUUAGAAUCUUAGAUUGAUCAUAUGUAUGAUGUAUCAGCCGUCAUUUUCAAAUUGUAUAAACUGUAUAGCCUUUUAAGAGUUGGAGUUUUUGUUC